CGUAGUUCCUUUUUUGCUUAGAUAACAAUACCAUUUUGGUAGGCCUUACUUGGUGCUAUCUUUUUUCGCCUCGUGGAAAAAAUAUUCCAUGCCGUAGUUCUCACUUUGCAUUUGGGACGAGACGAGCGCCUUAACGAACUUAAUCGGCCUGCGCAAGCCAUUUUGAGGAAAUCGUUUUGUCGGAUUAGUUAGCGGAGGGACCGUACGCAGUUUUCAUUAAGUGGCACAGUGUUGACGACACAGCUCACGUCUCUACGAACAAAGGAACAGUAAGGUCGAUGCACGCUCGUUGGCGCACGCGGAGCGAAUUGUUUAUGAAAUAAUUUAAGAUUAAACCCACCCUAACGCCAUUUUUGUUGUUGACUUGAGACGUCUUUUCCUCAAAUAUAACUAACGAAUUAGCCUGACUCAUUCAGUCCUGUUAGCAACGUCGGCUAAGGUUAGCCGCAAUUGUGGACAACUAGCGAGCUAACUGCUAACUUUAGCAUUGUUUUGAUUCAAGCAAUAAGUCUUCUUUUUUGGGAAAAUGGCCGAAGUAUAUAUUCGAGUGGCAGAGGAGGAAAACGAGGAACCCAUGGAGAUCCCGUCCGAAGACGACGGCACUGUUCUGCUUUCAACCGUGGCAGCUCAGUUUCCAGGGGCUUGUGGCCUACGAUUCAGGAGCCCCGUGUCUCAGUGCAUGCGAGGAGUGCGUCUUGUAGAAGGGGUCCUGCACGCACCAGAAAACGGAUGGGGGAAUAUCGUGUAUGUGGUGAACUAUCCAAAAGACAACAAAAGGAAAAUGGAGGAAAUUGAUGCAUCCUCUGCGGUGAAAAUGAAGAGAGGGGACAUGAAGACAUCUGACCUGAUCGUGCUGGGUCUUCCUUGGAAAACAACUGAGCAGGACCUGAAAGACUACUUUAGCACAUUUGGAGAAGUCAUAAUGGUUCAGGUAAAACGAGAUGCCAAGACAGGAAACUCUAAAGGAUUUGGCUUUGUGAGAUUCACAGAGUAUGAGGCUCAGGAAAAGGUGAUCUCCCAGCGCCAUAUGAUUGACGGAAGAUGGUGUGACUGCAAGCUCCCUAACUCGAAGCAAGGUCCAGAUGAGCCAUUGAGGAGCCGGAAAGUGUUUGUUGGCCGUUGCACAGAAGACAUGACCACAGACGACCUUCGGCAGUUCUUUAUGCAGUAUGGAGAAGUCACAGAUGUCUUCAUCCCCAAGCCAUUCCGUGCUUUUGCCUUUGUUACAUUUGCAGAUGAUCAGGUUGCCCAGUCUCUCUGUGGAGAGGACCUAAUUAUCAAAGGUGUCAGCGUUCACAUCUCAAAUGCUGAGCCCAAACAUGGCAAUAGGCAGUUUGAUCGCACAGCACGGUUUGGGAAUGGUUUUGGAGCUCAAGCAUUUGGUAGCAGCCGUAGUGGGUUAGGGAGCAGCACUAACAGUAGUCUGGCUAAUUUUGGUUCCUUCAGUUUGAACCCUGCUAUGAUGGCCGCUGCUCAAGCUGCUCUGCAGAGUAGUUGGGGGAUGAUGGGCAUGCUGGCUAGCCAGCAGCAGACAUCCACCUCAGGCAGCACCCCCAGUGGAACAAGCUCUAGUAGGGACCAGAGUCAGUCUUUCAGUACAGGCAACAGCAAUUAUGGCACCAGCUCAGCCAGUCUUGGCUGGGGAACAGGGUCAAACUCUACAACCAGUGGCAGUGGGUUUAGCUCAGGUUUUGGGUCCAGUAUGGAGUCAAAGUCAUCUGGGUGGGGUAUGUAAGUUAAAUGUUUGUAUGGUAAGUAUUGUGAAAAAGAUGAGUCUUUUCAAAAUUAAUUUCCGGUGUUGAUGCGUAUCUGAAAACUUUAACACUUUUGUGGAAGAUGUUUUGUACAUUUGGAAAACAAGCUAAAGAUUUAAUUUAGAAAGUGUUGAAGUGAAUUGUUUACCAGGAUGUCUGACUAAAGUGCUAUUUUUGAUGUCUCAUUUGUUUGUAUCCAUUUCAACUGGAUUCUCUAAUGCAUGUAUUGUGAAAUGUGAUAACCAUUUUGAAAAAUGCAUGAAUGUUUGUGGUUUACCAUUAUCCGGCUUUGUCAUCGACUUAAAAAGGCAAUCUUGCAUUGGGAAGAAUCUGGUUGAAACCUAAAUGUUUUAAGUGCAACUUUAUUUGCAGUCAAGUUCUGUGGAAAAGCCUUCAUUGAAAUCUCUUCUGCAGUUCACCUCUCUUCCAUUUUCCUGUGAGGAAGCUCCUAUUUGGCAGCAUUCUUGGGGUGAUAUCGGUAUCAUUCUCCCUCUUCCCACCUGUAAAUGCUAUGCCAUCAAAGAACGGCUUCACUCCGCAUGUUCUAAGAGACGGUGGGUGUUUUCACUUUUAUCCACUUUUAAAUGGAAAGAACUGCGCAACUGACAUUUUAAGAACUGAUGAGUGCGAUUGAGGAUGGCUUGUGGCGAAGAGUGAAGCGAUGAGUGAGCGAACGGAGAGACGCGUGAAACGGACUGGUUGUGCGGUGAAAGAGCCCAAUUUGACUGCUUUUUGAGUGUGUGAGUGGAAGCUGCAGAUGCUACGAGCGCCUCCCCCUAACAUGGACAUUCUUUAAUUAGUACUUCAAGAUUUUUUUUUUUUAAUCUUUGCAAGUAUUUCCUUACUCUUUAAGUAUGUCGAUCAAGUGCAGAAAUAUCAAAAUGUAGUGGAAUGUUGUGAUGAAUAUUUGUAUUGCUUAUAUUAUCUGAUUUGAAUGCUGUAUGGUGUGUGCUUUCAUGUUAUUGAACUGAUCUGUAAGUGUGUACUUGAUGUGGAUGACACCUGCUGAAGACUCUGGGAGACGCGAGUGAUAGUGUGAGAACGUGGAGUGGUGUGUCCAAUGGUUCCCAGUAGCUCUUGUUUUGUGAGGUGUUUAAAAACAUGUCAAAUGAAGGGAGUUGUAUAAUAAAGUUCAUUUGAAUAGAUGCUUAGUUGAUAUUACUUGAGUCAAUUUGUCAAAUAAAAAAACAUCUAAUUCGAUUCACAUAUCUAGGGACCUUGGGCUCUGCUGGUCGAGGUCUCCGUUUGAACCCUGACUGAAGUGUGUUCUGAAGGACGAAGACGGAAGUUCCAACACUUUCAGUGUGUGGCCUUCUCAGACAUGACAUGGGGUAGUACCUGUCUUUUUGCUGCUUUUGAUGGCUUGUCAGAGUGAAUUAUCCCUUCUUGAUUAUUCACAGCUACUUUUAAGGUUAGAGACAAGUUCUUACGGGGUCAUUAUCUUUAUUUUAACCGUAAACAGAUGAGCUCAGCAAUGUGGCAUAACCUCUCAAAACAAUAGUUAUCUACACUAAUUUGGCUAAAGUAAUAAGACAACUGAUGGCACAUUGCUGAGCCUUGGAAGUGGUGAUUAGGAUUUUUAGGUGGCCUUUGACACUCAGUGGCCACUUUAUUUGGGUACACCUGUACAAUCAAUUGCAAUUCAUUUGUAAGAAGUUUAUAAUUUUUUGUUGACAGUUGUCAAAUGUGUAAAUUAAUUUGUUUAAUACUGAGGCCAUAGGUGGUGGUGUACUGGACUACAGUAUAUUGUAAUAUUUGUCCACCCUAGUUACAUACAUGAAGGGGGCAGAAUAUUAGAAGCAACUGAGUGUAAUACACUCAGUACAACACCACCUCCAUGCUGAAACUGUUCAAAUAACACCUGUCAGAGAAAAAAUAAGUUACAGGCAUAAAAUUAGAAAUAAAUGCACGUGUAUUGGAUUGAUAUUAGAUUGUACAGAUGUACCUAAUAAAGUGGUCACUGAGUGUAUGCUAUGGAUAGUUUGGCCGGCAGUCUUAACAGUACAUUUAAGGUUUCCCCACCUGCAAAACAACACAUAUUUAGAUCAUUCUUGUUACAUUCUGGAGAAACAAGGCAGGUAUGUAAUUUAGCAGUCUAAACCGCUCUAAUAGAAGAUUAUGAAGUUAGGUUCAGAGUUCUUGUAGUAAGUGUCAAUUUGACAGAGCUUUGAAAAAACAAAACAUUAAAUCAGUUCAAAUGCACUAUACUUUGACAUUGCAUCAGCAGGUCCCAGGACACGUCUUAAUUUGUUCUAAACCUGCUCAAAGUGUACAAGAAACUACUGUAUGCUGUAGAAUUCAUGAAAGUUGAAAUGCAUAAUUCCUAUAACAGAAUGACUGUGACACCUUGUAUUAGUCAGCUUUCAUGUUUAUUUGAAUGUUGGGCACAAGUGAGACGCUGCAAGUCUGCCUGUGUCUUGUCCUUUAUUCUCUGCUUUCCUCCUCAGUGUCUCUGCUCUUCCUCUUCCCAGUAUUCUUCUUUUUCAAAUCCCUCUGCUCCUGGUUCAGUUCUUCACUUUUAUUUUGUAUGUAGAUGGACUGAAAUAAAGGCAAAUUAAACAUUACAUUUGCUCUGCUGCAGAAUAUAUAUACUCCCACACGGUUCCAGUAUACUGCAUUACUAGGAUGAAAUGUGUUUGAGUGGCCUACAUUUACUUGGCAUAACUAUAUGCGUUUGAUUUGGACUUGUUGGCUCAUACGUUACUAGACGUGGUAUACAUGACUGAGUGCUCUAUAAUUCCCUUUUGACAGUACAGUGGAAAUAACUCACCAAUGCAGUACUGCGACGGGCUACAAGCUUUACAUCUUCCGCAGACGCUGUGCUUCUUUUAGCAUGCCUGAAAUGAAAUUUGAGAAUGUAAAUCAGAUGAAUAAAAAGAGAUUAUGAAAAAGUUGAGAUUAUACUAGUUCGACUAAGACAAAUGAACAAAAGACCUCACCUGGUAUUUUGGCUACAUUUUAAAGACAGUUUAGGGUUAACUCAUCUGUUAAUAUGGUUACAAAAAUAAAGAUGCUCACCUUGCAAAGGCUUCCAGGUCUUUAGCAAAUAUAUCUGGAAAAAAGUGAGUCAACAGUGGGAUGUUGAGUUUAGAUUGACCUGUGGCAAUUAUGAAACGGCAUUGUAUUGAAUGUUGUUACUAAUAUUUUGCCCAACUAUUUACAGACAGGAGGGGUUAAAAUAUUAAAGUUCUUUACAGUUAGUUACACACAUUUCCUAGUACUCUUUACACAGACAACAGCAGCGUUUCAUUGUUUUGACACAAAAUGAAUUAAAUCUUUUGAAAUUCAUUGGCUUUUUCACUCAAACACCAGCAAAACUGCACAUUUUUACAUACUGUCUUUAUAAAAUAACACCAAUUUGCAUCUACAACUUUUAUAAAAAUUUCAAAAUAUAUAUAUAAAAAAAAGACUGAAGACCUAUCCAGGUGAUUUUGCUUUUCAAUUUCAUAUUAUCUAUAAAAAAGAAGCAAAUCUUUGGAAUGUAAACAAUGACACACAGAGGGGCAAUGACUGCUGGGUGCCUGAACAUAUCUGCAGAAAAUUGCCAGGGAUGGAUUGGGUAUGCAAAGAGAUUAUUUUGCCAUGAGAGGACACAAGUUGUGAAGUGGAUAGUAAAUUGUGGCCAAAUGCAGAAGACAGGGUUGUGUAGCACUGCUGUAUAUUUAUUGUAUAGCUGUAUAAAUUACAGUAGUAGCUAUCCCAUACAUGUGCAUAUGGUGUAUAAACAUGCUUUUUGUAUUACAUUACUGGGAUAACUUUAGUUGUAUUAUGGAAUUACUCUGUAAAAAAGUAAAAAAAAUAAAACAUUGAGGCAUACUG